UCCAACCCCUCCCAUCUGAUAGAACUGAACCUGAGCUUGAACAACAUGCAGGAUUCAGGAGUGAAGCAUCUUUGUGAUGGACUGCAGAGUCCAAACUGUAAACUGGAGACUCUCAGACUUUCUAACUGUGGACUCUCAGAGAGUCACUGUGAAGUCGUGGCCUCAGCUCUGAAGUCCAACCCCUCCCAUCUGAUAGACCUGGACCUGGACUGGAACAAGCUGCAGGAUUCAGGAGUGAAGCAUCUUUGUGAUGGACUGCAGAGUCCAAACUGUAAACUGGAGACUCUCAGAUUGGAGUUCUGCAGGUUGUCAGAGAUCAGCUGUGAUUCUCUGGUCUCAGCUCUGAAGUCCAACCCCUCCCAUCUGGAACAUCUGGACCUGAGCUACAACAACCUGAAGGAUUCAUCAGUGAAACAUCUGAGUGGUUUUCUGGAGAGUCCAGACUGCAUCCUGAAGUAUCUGGGAUUGGAGUACUGCAGUUUGUCAGAGAUCAGCUGUGAUUCUCUGGUCUCAGCUCUGAAGUCCAACCCCUCCCAUCUGGAACAUCUGGACCUGAGUGGAAACAACCUGAAGGAUUCAGGAGUGAAACAUCUGUUAGAUCUUGUGGAGAGUCCAGACUGCAGCCUGAAGACUCUGAGAUGGAAGUGAUGCUGAUCAGGACGGUGUUUGUGCUGAGAGGAUGAAGUGUGUCCUGAUGAUCCAGAUGUUGAAGCAGCAGCAGCUGGUGUGUAGAGACUCUGACUGGACCAUGUUACUGCACUGUAAAACAUCAGGAAUUCAUUCAGUCACAUCAACUCAUCUGUUCUAGUUUACUUUAGAGAAAUACAGCAGUUUUACUAAUUACUAAUUAUUUGAACUUAAAAUGUCUCAUUUUUCUUUUCAAACCACUUUAGAACUUAAAAACAUGAAUUUGUAGAACUUGAGGCAUUUUUUCUUCAAAUAUUGAGUUGAAUGAAUGAGCAGCUCAGAGUUCACUCAACUCAUGAAAUUAAGUUCACAAGAAACAAAACAAACACAGAUUUCCCCGUUAAUGUUCACAUGAUACCAUGACUGUAAAAAAUGAUCAUUAUUUUACAACCAGUUCUGUUUGUUUUGUUCAAUUACAAACAAUAUCUAGUAAAAUCCCAGAAAAGUAUUAACUUCCAUGUUCAACUGUAAAUAAUGUCCACAUCAAUAGGGUUAGGUAUUUUAAUAAAUAGUCAUUUGUUCUUUAACAACAUUUUUACUUUAUUUUAAUCAGCAACAAGUCAGAUUAUUUUACAGAUAUUUGUCCUCAUUUUAAAGACUAUUUAUGUUUAUUAAAGAUUGAAAAUGAGAAAUAUUUUCACACUUAAUUUAUAUUUUCAUUUUGUUAAAUUACAGAUCAUCUGGAAUAAAAUCACAGAAAAAAUGUUCAUUUAUUCAGAAUGUUUGCUGUAAAAAACUGAUGAAUAAUGUGAACAUUAAAAUUCACUGUUUUAAUAAAUGUUCAUUUGUUCUUUUAUACCAUUUAACUGUCACACUCUUGUUUAUUGAACUUAAAUCAGCAAAAAAUAUCAUUUUUACAGAAUCUGAAGGACAAACUAUGUAUAUGUAUACGAUAUAUAUUAAUUAUAUUUGUACUGUUCUCCCUUAACGCCUUGCCAAAGUAAACAGCAAGAUAACUCCUCUUCAAUAAAUCACACAGACGCUUGACUUGGUUCGAAUCUUUAUGGCCCAAUGAAGUAGGGUAAAACUGCAACAUAAAAUACAGCACAUUCAGAAUGUAGCGUAAAAGUAUGCUAGAACUAGCUAGCUUAGCUCAAAUCAAAUACAACACGGCUUAUAACUGUAUCUGUAACUUAAAACUCACCGACGAUGCCUUCAAAGCUACCUUGAAACACUGGAAGGUAUUUAACAUUUUACUUUAACUGGAAAAGACUUAUCAGAGCUGAGCCUCAUGCUCCUGGCUCACAGCAAACCAUGUCACAGAAUGAUGAUGUCAUAUGAAUUGUCAACAAGAGCCGAUAGACAAAAGUGCUAUGCUAACUUCUGCCAGUAGAUGGCGACAAAUGACCAUGAAUAAACUUAAAUGAAUUCACAGCAAAUUGUUCGAGCAAUUACAACAUAAACAGAACAAUAUUAAAGGCAGAAAUGAUUCCAAAGCAUUCCACUGUUUUAUUUGACAGUUUUGCAGGAUUUAGUUCAAUUACAGAUAAUCUGUGUAAAAUGAUAAAAAAAGUGUUAAUUUCUACAAUUUUAGAAUCUUUCUUUUUCCAACUAGUAAAUUGUUGUUGUACAAUGUGUGACCAAUAAAAAUGACUGUUUUCCUGUUUUCACCUCAACAACAACUAUUCCAAUAAGUGACAGAUGUUUUCUGUCAUUUUCUCACUUUCUCCACUUCUUAAAUGUUGUGUUUCUCUCUUCAAACAUUUCCUCUGGCCUCCUUGCUGCCAGAUGUUCACCGUUCCUUUCCACAUAUUUUUUCCAGUGUGGAGGUUGAUGUCAGGUUGCAGAGUGUGCAGUAAGUUUCAGGAUGUUUGUUUCAGUGCAGGAUUAGAUUUGACUUUUCUUUCUAUUUCCAGCUGCAGUCAAACUUGUUGAUCUUCUCUACCUGCAGCACAUUGAGCUGAUGAGAACAAAGUGUCCUGGAAACAUGUCAGCUGAAGCCUUGGUGUCCAGAGAGAGUUUAAUGAAGCACAUGUGAAGGAUUUUUACAGCAUCACGUAGAAAUCCAGUUUAGUCCUCAAAGGUCCAGAAGCAGCUUGUUGAGCUCAGAGUUCAUAUUUAAUGUCAACAUCCUUUGACCUUUCUGAGCUCCACUAAAUGUUUCUGCUACUUUCUCUCUUCUUCAC